GUGAUGAGUAUGGUGUCGGGAUUUGCACCACUGAUUUCUGCAGGUAUUUUUUCAGCCACCCUGUCUUCUGCAUUAGCAUCUCUUGUGAGUGCACCUAAGAUCUUCCAGGCUUUGUGCAAGGAUAACAUUUAUCCAGGAUUUCAGAUGUUUGCUAAAGGCUAUGGGAAGAACAAUGAACCACUGAGAGGAUAUCUUCUAACAUUUUUAAUUGCUCUUGGAUUCAUAUUAAUUGCUGAACUGAAUGUCAUUGCUCCAAUUAUUUCUAACUUCUUCUUGGCCUCAUAUGCCUUGAUUAACUUCUCUGUAUUCCAUGCUUCUCUUGCAAAAUCUCCAGGCUGGCGCCCUGCUUUCAAAUACUACAAUAUGUGGAUUUCUCUUGUUGGAGCUAUUCUGUGCUGCAUUGUGAUGUUCGUCAUUAAUUGGUGGGCAGCACUUCUAACGUAUGUCAUAGUUCUUGGACUCUACAUUUAUGUCACUUACAAGAAACCAGAUGUGAACUGGGGAUCCUCAACGCAAGCUUUGACUUACUUGAAUGCACUACAACAUUCUAUUCGGCUCUCAGGAGUGGAAGAUCAUGUGAAAAACUUCAGACCUCAGUGCUUAAUUAUGACAGGUGCUCCAAAUUCACGUCCAGCUUUGCUUCACCUUGUCCAUGCUUUCACCAAGAAUGUGGGCUUGAUGAUCUGUGGCCACGUACAUAUGGGUCCUCGGAGGCAAGCCAUGAAGGAACUGUCAACUGAUUUGGCUAAAUAUCAGCGAUGGUUAAUUAAAAAAAAGAUGAAGGCUUUUUAUGCGCCAGUGCAUGCAGAGGACUUGAGGGAUGGAGGACAAUACUUAAUGCAGGCUGCUGGUUUGGGUAGAAUGAGACCUAACACCCUUGUUGUUGGAUUUAAGAAAAACUGGAGACAAGGUGACAUGAGAGAUGUUGAAACCUAUAUCAAUUUAUUCCAUGAUGCCUUUGAUAUUCAGUAUGGUGUAGUUGUCAUCCGCCUAAAGGAGGGCCUGGACAUUUCUCACCUUCAGGGCCAAGAAGAGUUACUUUCAUCCCAAGAAAAAUCUCCAUGUACCAAGGAUAUUAUAGUAAAAGUGGAUUAUAGCAAGAAGACAGAGACAGACACUUCUAUAGCUUUUGCUCCAUCAUCUAGUGAAAGAACUCCCACUGUACAUAAAGAGGAGGACGAGGAUGGAAAGACUCCAACACAACCACUGUUGAAAAAAGAUUCAAAGAGCCCAUCUUCUCCUUUAAACUUGGCUGACCAAAGACUUCUUGAUGCUAGUAGUCAGUUUCAGAAGAAACAAGGGAAAAGCAAUAUUGAUGUCUGGUGGCUCUUUGAUGAUGGAGGUUUGACACUGUUGAUUCCGUAUCUCCUAACAACCAAAAAGAAGUGGAAAGACUGUAAGAUCAGAGUGUUCAUUGGUGGAAAAAUAAACAGGAUUGAUCAUGACAGAAGAGCGAUGGCUACUUUACUGAGCAAAUUUCGGAUAGACUUCUCGGACAUUAUGGUUCUUGGGGAUAUUAAUACUAAGCCAAAGAAAGAAAAUAUUGCAGCUUUUGAAGAAAUGAUAGAGCCCUUCCGACUUCAUGAAGAUGAUAAAGAACAAGAAGUUGCGGACAAAAUGAAGGAGGAUGAACCAUGGAGGAUAACAGAUAAUGAACUUGAGCUUUACAAAACAAAGACUUAUCGCCAAAUUAGGCUAAAUGAGUUGCUGAAAGAACAUUCAAGUACAGCUAACAUAAUUGUCAUGAGUUUGCCAGUUGCACGAAAAGGUGCAGUUUCUAGUGCACUAUACAUGGCCUGGUUAGAAGCUCUUUCUAAAGAUCUGCCACCAAUUCUCCUUGUUCGUGGGAAUCAUCAGAGUGUUCUUACCUUCUAUUCCUAAGAGUACUGCACAUGGGAGAGCUAUGAUGAAAUGGUACUUCAGUGCCCAGGGGAGAGUGACUGAUAUGGUCUAUAGUUUAUUAACAUCACAAAGGCAAAAAGUGACUCUUCUUUCACUGUUUCACUGACUUGAAAGCACACAAGGAAAGUCACUGUAUUUCUAAAGUUGUGACAUCUUCAGUUUUAGUCUGUAUUUUCUGUAAUUUAAUCUUGCUUAAUGGGGGAGGAUUCUUUGUUAGACUGAAGAACAAGACAAGCUUUUUGUUUGCUAUUUGAAUAGCAGCAAUAAAAUGUUUUAUUUUUGAUCAAUGAAAGGAUUAUAGAUUUAUAAAAGCCUUUUAGCCUUGAGGUGCCUUCUGAAAUUAACCAAAUCUUAUCCGUACAUCCUAUUUUGUAAAUUUAUAUAGAAUGUCAAAAUCUGCCUUCAACUAAGAGUUUAAAUCAGACUUCCUUUUAGUUUCUAGUCUCUUCCAUAUUUCAGUAAAAAUGAAUGCUGCUUUUCA